ACAAUCACGGUCACUCGAGGGACGUUUGAUGCUUGAGUGAWUUUAUCCUCAAUCUCYAAACCACAAAGAAACAAUAAUUUGUGACUUGAASAACACGAGAGAGUUGUCUUGMUGCCAGUGAUGAAAGUCUGACAUUUUGGACAAGUUAAAGCGAAUACAGAAAGAUUUGUUAAUUUCAUUUCUUCGAAUCGACUUGAGCGCGGGUUUGACCGUUGGAAUUUUUUCCUUUUUCUAAAUAAUUCUACCAAAAGGCGAAGAAGAAGUACUUUUUGUACAYUUCUGGUGGUAACUACAGACCAGAAAGAAGAGUAUCAAAAUGGCCAUCGAUUCAAAGUUACUCGUGUUUACUUUGGUCGUGUUUACAUUAUACCUUGCUCAUUUCACCAAUCCUGUAUCAGCUGAAGUCGUUUGUGGAAAAUAUAACUCCUCGUGCUCGGCAUGUACWCAAAAUUCAGCUUGCUAUUGGUGYUCAGAGAACUCUAAAUGCUUCCAUUACCCAGGCUGGACCAAGAUAGUCCCACACAACUGUCCCCAUAAGAAGUGGUAUUAUGCUCAAUGUCGAAUUUCUGGUUUCAUACUUAUUAUUCUUGUUCCUUCGCUCAUCGUCUUCGUGCUCUUGUUCUGCUGUUGUUGUGUCUACUGCUGUUGCUGUAGGAGGUACAAGAAGUGGAAACAAAAACGCCACGAUAAAGAAGAUGUGAAGUUGAAACGAAAGCGGGAAGAAAUGCAGGCUUUACACUCACAACGACGAUCCGAUAGGCAACAAAAAGCUGAUGGCAUAAGAAAGAAGUACGGCCUUCUUCCUUCUUCUGGAUACGAACGUUUGGAAAACCAAUGAAACAUUAAUAACUCUGUUAUAAACAUUAACACUUAWGCAGAAAAUCUGAAAAAUCUAGUAAUCAAAGAUUUAUAUUUGUGCGCGAUAAAACAGACAGCCAUUUAUUUUGCUAAAAGUCGAAAGAAAGCUGAUAUUUUUGCUACAUUUUUAUGGAUCAGUAAUUCGUAUUWUUUUUUCUAAAAGAUCUCAGUAAUGACAACAAUGUAGUUUAUUUUUCUUUGAUCUGUACAUGUGGCUUGUGUAAUAUUGGGUAAAUAUUGGAUUGAAUAAUAUUUUUGUAUUUGUUGGUAUUAUAUUUAUUUUACUUUUCCAGUAUAAUGCGUACCGUAUUUCUAAUUUGUAUCACUGAAAAGAUAGCAAUAUUUUGUUACCUAUACUUUUGCUAGCUCUUGAAGUUCUUGAUUAAAAGUAAUUUAAUAAAA